AGUCUGGCCAGCAGUGAGUGACGAUUCAUUACGACGCUCAGCUUCGACCUCGGUGCGUGCAAGGAUCUACCGAACAUAUUGGUCCUCAAAUUUUUUAUUUCUCGACUUGGGAAAAGUUUAUAGAUUUGAUUUUACUGAGAUAAGAUGAUGCUUUCGUUGUGGUAUGUGUUCGCUUGUCUAACAUUUGCUGCUGGCGAAGAGUCUUUGAAAGAGUCGAUUAUUCGAGAGCUGAAGGAGUUAGCUGAUGCAGCCGAUGACCCUCAAGCAUGGAAGAGCGACCCUCAAGCAUGGAAGAGCGACCCUCAAGCAUGGAAGAGCGACCCUCAAGCAUGGAAGAGAGACCCACAAGCAUGGAAGAGCGACCCUCAAGCAUGGAAGAACGACCCUCAAGCAUGGAAAGAAGACUCUCAGGCAUGGAAGAACGACCCUCAGGCAUGGAAGAACGACCCUCAGGCAUGGAAGAACGACCCUCAAGCAUGGAAGAGCGACCCACAAGCAUGGAAAGAAGACUCUCAGGCAUGGAAGAACGACCCUCAGGUAUGGAAGAACGACCCUCAGGUAUGGAAGAACGAUCCUCAAGCAUGGACGAACGACCCUCAGGCAUGGAACAACGACCCACAAGCCUGGAAGGACGACCCUCAAGCAUGGAAGGACGACCCUCAAGCAUGGAAGAGCGACCCUCAAGCAUGGAAAGAAGACCCUCAGGCAUGGAACAAUGACCCACAAGCAUGGAAGAACGAUCCUCAAGCAUGGAAGAACGACCCUCAAGCAUGGAAAGAAGACCCUCAGGCAUGGAAAGAAGACCCUCAGGCAUGGAACAACGACCCUCAGGCAUGGAACAAUGACCCACAAGCAUGGAAGAACGAUCCUCAAGCAUGGAAGAACGACCCUCAAGCAUGGAAGAGCGAUCCACAAGCAUGGAAGGACGACCCUCAAGCAUGGGAAACGAAUCCUAGAGCAGAUGAAGACACAGACCAAGACAUUGAAAAUGAAUCUUUAAAUAAAUACGAAGAUGAAGAUGAGAAGACAAUGGAUGAAGUACAAAACUCCCCUCACUUUUACCGGCCGCCUAAACGUCGCAUCCAUGUUCGUCUUGUUGGUGGCAAAACAUUAAACGAGGGAAGAGUCGAGGUGUUUUAUCGAGGACGAUGGGGGACCAUUUGUGAUGAUUUCUGGGAUAAACGCGACGCUGCGGUGGUUUGUAGGCAGCUUGGCUUCCCUGGAGUGAGAGCAGCCCAUGGGAUGGCGAGGUACGGAGAAGGGAGAGGUAGAAUAUGGAUGGAUAACGUAGCGUGUAAAGGUCGGGAGAGUAAUAUUGGUUUGUGUAGACAUUCUGGAUGGGGAAGACAUAAUUGUCGUCAUAAUGAAGAUGCUGGAGUCAAGUGUAUGCCGAGAAGAAGUAAUACGAAGGUUCACGUACGUCUCGUCGGUGGUAAUUCUCGUAACCAGGGUCGUGUAGAGGUACUAUUCCGUGGUCGCUGGGGAACAGUAUGCGAUCACUUCUGGGGCAGAAACGACGCUAACGUAGUCUGUCGUCAGCUCGGAUACCCCAGGGCUCUGGCAGCUGUUGGAGGAGCACGGUUCGGCCAAGGAAACGGAACUAUCUUGAUGGAUAAUGUCAGGUGUAAUGGCAGAGAGACCAACAUUGGAAUGUGUAGAUUUGCUGGAUGGGGAAAGCACAACUGUCGCCAUAGCAACGACGCUGGUGUCACGUGUCAGCCAAGGCAGCCAAUCCGUACGUAUCGUCUAUGCGAACACCGUAGCGGGAUUCUCAGAUGUCCCGCGGGACGAAAACUAUGGAUCGUCUAUGCCAACUACGGGCGUACCACAGGGAAAGCGGUCUGUCCACACAAGAGCAUGCGCACCAUUAAUUGUCGCUCGCCUUUCUCGACUCAGUUAAUACGCUGUGCAUGUCACGGGAAGACCUCGUGUAAUCUGUACGCGAAGAAUGAAGUGUUUGGGGAUCCCUGUGCUGGGACUUUUAAAUACAUAGAAGUUAGAUUCAGAUGUGCUUGAUAAUAACACGUCACCACAUAUAGCGUUUCAGAAGAGAAUGCUGAAUACAGUCAAACCUUGUUAAUACGGAGAUAGAGGACAGGAACUGAAGUGUUCGUACAAGUGGGGAUCGGCUGUAAAUUGCAAUUUUAAUCUUUAAAAUCAGAUCCUUUUAGAAACUAGCUUAAAAAUCAGUUCCAGGGGCGGAUCCAGGGGUUUAAAAAGGGGUGACUAGUCACCCUUCUUUUGCUCAAAUUUCUCAGUAUAUCGUUAGUAACAGUCACCCCCCUUAUCCUCGCGUUCCUUGUACAACCUUUGUAAUAGUCGCCCCUCCACCCUCCCCUUUCCUUGAAUUCCUAGUAUAACUUUUGUGUAAUAGUCGCCCCCACCCCCCCUCCGCCACCUUCUAAAAUUCUUGUGUCCGCCCCUGAGUCCAUGUUGUGUGUGUACGUAGUCAUCCAUCUCGUUUCAUAAAAAUAGAUAACACUUUUGUUACUUUUGAUUUCAUAUUCCAAGAUGGCAUUGUGCCCAGUGUUAGUAGUCUUCUACAUUGAUAGGUUUGUCACGCAGCGUUUCUCUUGAGUUAUAGACACCUCCGGCAUGAAGAUUUCUUUUCUUGUUUCUGGGAAGUCCUGGCACAACUUAUAUUCACAUAUAUUUCAGUUCGGCUUACGUCAAUCAUAGAAAUGCUAAUUUUAAUUCUUGUAAAUUUGUUGAAAAAAUUAAUGUGAGCGUUUUAGGAGUAGGGUUAGAUAAACAGGGUGGAAAUAUUAUUCGAAUAUUAAAACAUUAUCUUGAUUUCAAGU